CAGACUAAGAUAUGGCGACGGUUGGGCAACUCUUCGUACUUCUUACAAUCUGCUACUUGACAAAUGGGCAAGACGACGGCUCUGCAACCGGAGGUGGUACCGUUUCAGACACUCUCUCCCCGGACGAAGUCGUGUCCCCCAAAUUCACGGUCCAGCCGUCCACCACCAUCAUCGACCCGCAUCGCAACGAGGCUUCCCGGCAGCUGAGAUGUGAGGCAUCGGGAGCCCCGGAGCUUGUGUACACAUGGAAGAAAGGCGGACAAGAUUUGGGUACCAGAGACCCUCCCUUCGCCUUUGACGGAGGCAACCUGGUGUUAAACAGCCCUAACAAGGAGGCGGACACCGGGGAUUACCAGUGCAUAAUCUCCAACGACUAUGGAACAGUGGUCAGCCUACCGGCCCAAGUACGGUUCUCCUUUGUAAACGAGUUUGCCUCAGACCCACGUGAUGCAACUACAGCCACAGCCAACCAGGGCACAACUAUGGUGUGUGACCCGCCACAAGCCUACCCAGCAGCCAUCAACCAUGGCACAGCUAUGGUGUGUGACCCGCCGCAAUCCUACCCAGGUCAGCCCAUCCAAUGUCGUCUGCCUGCCUGUCUGUCUGUGCGCGCUGAGACCGCUCAUGUCAAGGGCCCGUACGGCGAGUUGGUGGGAGCCACCCGGACGGGCGGAGGCGGAGGUGCAGUGAACGGGGGAGGAACGGGCGCACAGGGCGGAGGAACAGGCGGGUCGGGUCUGUGGUACCUGGCCUGGCUCAUCCCCCUCCUCCUCUUACUCCUGCUGCUGCUGCUCCUCUGCUGCUGUUGUUGCUGUUGGUACCUGGGCCUGUGUGCGAAGUACUGCCCAUGCUGUACCUGCUUCGGCUCACGGGGGAAAACUAGUAAACACGGCACCAAACCAGGCUUCCACGCACCAAUGAGGCGUGACCAUCAGAACAUGCUGCAGCUGUACCGGACAGACAUCGUGGAGUACGUGCAGCACCCCGACAGGAUCACGGCCCACCUGGCCUCCACCAACGUCCUGCCUCCCCACAUGGUGCAGGCCAUAUCCCAACAGCGUACCCGGGAGGGCCACAGCAAGAAGCUGCUGAAUGACCUGAAGUUGGGAGGGGACGAUGCAUUUGACGAGUACUGCACAGCUCUGAGGAAGGAGGAGAGGCUAGGCUGGCUGGCAGACACAUUGGAGGGACCAGGCCUGUCAGAUGACAAGAGGGAACUGUUGCUGCGUAAUGAGGGCUACCUGGUGGACAAAAUGGACCCGGAGACAACUUGCAUGUACCUUCAGAAGAACAAGGUCUUUACCAACAACAUGGUGGCCUACUGCCUGAGCGCCAACACCACAGAAGAGAAGAACCGACGGAUUCUGCACCUGAUGAAGUCUCGCAGCGACGCCGACUACUCGGUCUUCUGCGACAGCCUGAGAGGGACUGGCAGCACUGCCAUUCUCGCUGGUCUCCUGACAGGACACGGUAGUGGGAACCAGGUGAUGAUUGACAUGCCAGCUGAGAAGGUGCCGCUACUGCCGGAGACUGGGAUGUACGAGGGGGAUUCUGCCUUCGCGGGCGGGACGCUUGGACCGGGCGGGACGCUUGGACCGGGCGGGACACUGGGACCGGGCGGGACAUUGGGAACGGCCGGGACAUUGGGAACGGCCGGGACAUUGGGAACGGCCGGGAUGGUGGGAGCAGGAGGGAUGCUGGGAGCGGGAGGGGCGCUCAUCGGUAAACAGGUCUCCGCCACAAACCAGAGUUACAUGAACACCAACGUCACGAACGUGUCUCAUAUCCAUAACGUGACCAACCAGCACGUGGACCUGGUUCAGGGUUCGACUUCAGGCAAGGGAAGCCAUGGGUUCUCUUAUACCAAGGGCAGUGGCCUGGGUACUGGAGGUGUGACUAUUGGUGAGGGAAUGAAUGGGCAAGUCCAUUAUCAAAAGGGGGGCAGCAACUUCCAACAGAGCAGCAGUGGAACUCUGCCAGGAAACAACCCAGUCAUGUCGGUCAUGUGGGAAUCUGAGGACGUUGUGCGUAUCUCUGAGGGGAUGGAGCGGAGCGGACAGGUGUCCGUGGAACAGAUCAUGAGCCCGAAGGGGUACGACGACGGGGCGGCCAAAACAACCACCGGCGUUCCCAGGGGUCACCCUGUCAUCCUGGAGGUCAAGGGCGAAGUGGACAACGUGAAAUGGCUACACAACGGACGGCAGAUGUCGCCCAGUGCCGACUUCGACAUGAGCUCCGACGGCUACAGCCACGUGCUGAAGAUCGCCAGCAUGUCCCCCUCCAAGGACGGGACCUACACCUGCGAGGGAACCACGCCAGAAGGCGGGAAUCUGGCCUGUGACGUCACCAUCCAAACAUUCGACCACAAGAAGACCAGGCUUUGAAGACUAGUUUUGAUCCAGGUCCAGUUUCCUUUA